UUCCCUGCUUUUUCUAAAUAAGGUAGGUAGGGGAGUACGUAUGGGUGGCCCAUGUUUACAUCACCCAAUAGUUAUCCAGACGCGACUUCUUCAACGAUCGCAUCACUUCUAAGGUCCACAUAGCCUUAGAAUCGCCGAGUAUCAAAUUAUGGGCAGCCAAUGUGUUGAGUCGCGCUCAACUUUAUCCUGCGCGUCUCAUCCUGUCGUUGCAGAACAACUAUCAGAAGUCUUCCGUAACACCUUCAACAUGCCGCCCUUUGCGAUCGAGGAGGAGAACAGAGCGGAAUUUCUCUUCAGCGAGGAGAUGUGGGUUGCGCACUUUCAUUUCAUCAUACAUCAUUCAAACCGGUUUUUGGGCGGAUCUCUUCAAUGCACUGAUUUAUCUUUAUCAUUUUAAACCAGCGUUCUUUCCUAGCGUUCAAGCUAACUAACAGUAAUCUCAGCAUGAAUGAUGCCGUUAGCGAAGACAAAGGCUUGGGCCUGCCUGGUUCUGGCCCGGCCAUGAUUUCCCUCCUUAAUGGCGGACCUGGGCUUGAAGUAAGCUACGAUGAUGGAGUUAGCAACUCCGCCCCAGUUGCUAACAUGGGCGAGUACUACGGCGAGGCUGAGGAUGAAGAUGAAGAUGAGGAUGGCAUUGUCGCAACUGCCUCUGAAGCCCGGAAUCGUUCCCGCCUGUCGAGCUCCGCCGCCCCUGCAAGGACUCCAAGCAAGAGGUCAACCCCAGCGUCUGCACCUGCCUCAGCUUCGGCUCCCACAACCGCGGGUGCCGGGCGCGGGCGCAAGCGCAAGGCUGCAGCUGUUGAGACCGAAGCUGAUCCGGUGCCCGCUAAGCGCCGUGGCCGUCCUCCCGGACCUACGAGCGCCCGCCUUUUUGCUAAGGCCGUCAAGAAGGAAACCCGCGGUCGCCCGAAGAGGCAGCAGGAGGUGUCUACGAAACCCACAAGCGCGGCUGCUAAACGCGGCCGGCCCAAGAAGGGAGAGACCAGCGGCGCGGCCCCAGCUGGAGAGUAUGAGGUGGAAGAGAUCCUCGAUUCCGCCAUUGACGCCGACACCAUGGAGCACAUGUAUCGCGUCAAGUGGAAGGGUUACCCUGUGGGGGAAGCUACCUGGGAGCCGAAGAAGAACCUCACACAUGCUGCGAUCCUUGUGCGAGCAUUCGAUGCCACGAAGAAGAACCUUGCGAAUGGGGUGGCUGACGAGGGAGAGGGAAAGCAGAAAAAGAAGCCCGGACGCAAGGCAAAGGCCAGACCAUAGUGGCAUCUAGUCAGUGUGCACUUUUCUUCUAAUGGACUUCUCUGUUCGGGAUCGGCUCAUGGGAUGGCAUGGUGGCUCUGGGCGGCGGCUGGUUUGGUUUUCCCCCCCACGGUAAUGAGGACGGCGGUCGGAAGAACUUCGACAGGGAAUUGUACCGGCGUCGAUACCGGCGUAUUGCUUGCGAUUUAUGCACUUUUGUGGGGUUUACUUUGCACAAAUGCAGCUUCUUCCUUUUCCCUCGGCCAAGUGAGCGCAAUCUUUGAUUCUCUGGGCAUAUUCGGCUUCUGCAUUUGACAUGGCAUAUACCGGAGCUC